GGACACAAUCAGAGAUAUCUAAUUGCAACUUUCAGACAUUUAAAAAUCGGUAGCUAUCCAAUAAUAACAACAAACAAUGGAAUAUUCCUAACGAGUGAAUAUACCAAACAGGAUGAUAGUAUCAUAGUUACUACUACCACAACAUAUCAACCAAAGAAUGCAACCAUUGUUCCGGUUUAUGGACCACAAUCUGGAGAUUGGUUUGUGGCAGCUUAUAUGCCUUAUUGGGACGAGAGAGUACAACAGCAGGGAUUUGGACACAAAUGUCGAUACAGCAUAGGCACAGUAGCAUUGUGGUCACAAAUAGAUAAUAUCGAGAAUAUUUCCAUUGGUUGCCAAAGGACAUUGCAAACAAGCACAACGACAACAUACUACAAGUAAGAUUGUUACUAUUCAUGAGAAAACAAAGUAUUU